UGACAAUUAAGCAAACUUCAAGUAUUUCACUUUCUCUCUCUAAAAUUACACUACUUUCUCUCUCUAGAAAAUUCUUACAACUUUUUUUUUGAAGAGAGUUAUUUUCUUCUGGUAGUGAUCUAGCCUACUGUUUGUUACUCUGCUUUGAAGUUAAUUUGAAGCUCGAUUUGGCAGCCAUCAUUAGCGAUCUAGGGUUUUCAAUUUCAUUUGGCGGAGUUGUUUUUAUUAUUUAUCGUUCUUUUGAAAUUUUUGAUUUGUGUUAUUUGAAUAUCGUUAUUUGAGUUAACGGCGGCUUACUACCGGAGAUUUUCACUGAGCAAUCGAGGAAAUUAUCAACUGAGUUGGAUAUUAGUAACCCAACUGAUAUAUCCUAGCGGAUUGAUCAAACUAAAAGAAGAACUACGAUGACAAUGGCAAAAAAUGGUAAAGUUUUUGGCGGGUUUUACGGAAAUGCAAUUGAGACAACGGGUGAAUUAGAGGGUUCUGGUAGUUCAGGAAGGAUUGACACGGAGAAUAUAGCUUCCGAGGGCUCAAGUGCCCUGACGAGGAAAUGUAUUAAUUUAAGUUCGAAUAAAAUGGAUUCGCUUGGUGUACCUUUACAAGUUCUUUCGUUAUCUCGGAUAUCUCGUCGUGAGAGAAAGGAGUUAAUACGUAGAUUGAGACUUGAACUUGAGCAUAUUAGGGUACUCCAGAAGAAAGUCGAUGUUCCUAGAACUAAUGCCGGUACAUUGUCAUCUUCUAGCGAUAUUCUUAGCUGUAGCAAUGGGACAAAUGGGCCCCGUGCUACGAAUUUUAAGAAAUCAUCUGUGAUGACCUCUGCGACAGGGAAGAAAACAAUUCCUUCUAGGAGUAGUUCUGGAAGGUUCAAGCCUGCUGCAAGGCAGGCGUCAGCACCCACCACUACGACAAAUGCGAUGGCGAUGAAGCAGUGUGAGAUAUUGAUAGGUAGGCUGAUGAGCCAUCAAUACUCCUGGGUCUUCAAUGAGCCAGUUGAUGUAGUGAAGUGGAAUAUUCCAGAUUAUUAUACUAUCAUUAAGAAGCCAAUGGAUUUGGGAACAAUAAAGACAAAGCUAAGUUCUGGUUCAUACUCAAGCCCCUUGGAAUUUGCUGCUGAUGUGAGGCUUACUUUUAAAAAUUCCAUGGAAUACAAUCCAAAGGGGCAUGAUGCACAUGUAAUGGCUGCUACGCUUAGUAAAUUUUUUGAAGUGAGAUGGAAAAAUAUUGAGAAGAAACUACCGAAGGCUGAAACUCAAACUUUAGCUGCAAGGCCAGGUCCUUCUGAAGACUUGCAAAUUCCUGAAACAUCUCCUAUUAAAAAGAGAAAAUUGUCCUCGUAUCAACAUGAAGCUGUGGCUGAGCCUGUUAAACGGGUAAUGACAGAUACCGAGAAACAGGCUCUAGGCUCAGAAUUGGAGUCUUUGUUGGGAGAUUUGCCUGUACAUAUUAUUGAUUUUUUGAAAGACAAUAGUUCAAAUGGAGGGGACACUGGAGAGGAUGAAAUUGAGAUAGAUAUUGAUGAUCUCAGUGAUGACACUUUGUUCACAUUGCGGAAGCUUCUAGAUGACUAUGUGCUCGAGAAACAAAAAAACCAGGCUAGGGCAGAACCUUCUGAGAUGGAGCUGAUGAAUGAAUCUGGGAUAAGCAAUUCAACCAUGCAAGAGCAAAAAGGGAAUGAUGCUGCCGAUGAGGAUGUUGACAUUGGUGGCAAUGAGCCCCCUGUCUCAAGCUAUCCUCCUGUGGAGAUAGAGAAGGAUGCGGGCCACAAGAAUAGUAAAUGCAUCAGUUUAGGCAUCUCUGAUGGGUCUGAUUCUGAUGGUGAUUCUGAUGAUGCAAGAGCUUCAAGUCCAAUUACUGCUAUGGAGGUUACUGAAAAUCUUGUCUGUGCACCUGAUUUACAUGAGAAAUCAAGUGCUGGUGAUCAUUUGGAGAGAAAUGAGAUUUGUCCAGAAUCUGUGAGCGGGUUGGAUCAGCUUGAGCAGACUUCCCAGCAAAAGCCAAGUUCUGAUGAAUCAGAUUGCCAUCAGGAUGGUGGAGACAGUACAAGUGAAAUUCAGGUCUCUCCUGGGAAGCUCAGGGCUGCAAUGAUAAAGAAUCGGUUUUUUGAGACUAUAAUAAAAGCUCGCGAGAAGACACUUUCACAGGUCGAUAAAGCGGAUCCUGACAAAUUGAGGCAAGAGAUGGAGGAACUUGAGCUUCACAAAAAGAAAGAAAAAGCAAGGCUGCAAGCAGAAGCUAAAGCUGCUGAAGAUGCCCAAAGGCGGGCUGAGGCAGCAGCUGCAGCAGCAGCUGCAGCUGAGGCUAGACGACAGAGAGAACUCGAGAGAGAAGCAGCACGCCAGGCAUUGUUGAAGAUGGAAAAAACAGUUGAAAUUAAUGAGAACUCUCGGUUACUGGAAGACUUAGAAAUGCUUAGGGGUGCACCUGCAGAGCAUUUACCAAGUUCGGUAGAUGAGACGAGCCCAGAGCACUCCCAAGAUGGCUUGGGAAGCUUUAAAUUUGGGGGAAGUAAUGCAUUAGAACAGUUCGGUUUGUUCAUGAAACAAGAUGAAGAAGAGGAAGAAGGGGAACCACUAAACCUUUCAAAGCCUGUAAAUGACAUAGAAGAGGGAGAGAUAGAUUGAGUUAUGUUCCAUGUGUUUAUUACUCAUGUAUGCCAGUGGAUCAAGGUUUUAAAGCAUAUGAAUCUGGUUUCCAGACAAAAAAAAAACAAACAGAACAUGCCGUACCAGCGCGACGCAAUAUACAGUAUUGGAUGGGGGAAUAAGUAUUCGAAAAUGGCCCGGGAUGAUUAGAGCAUAAUGCGCUACUCGGUAAGUUGAUGAUGAGACCGAGUUAGCUUUCUGAUGAUUUGAUAAAUUCAUGGUGGCCUCGACAGCUUUUAAAAUCCAUGAAAACAAAGUACUGUAAAGGAUUUGAAGGGUUGGCUUGUUGUAUCAGAGACUAGAAACAAGUGUUAAGACUGUUUCAACUUUCAACAAUGAAAUGGCCGAGUACCGAUAAGGUGUCUGAAACAGCCUAUUCUGUAAUUUGUAUAUAAUGUCCAUAUAAAAUGUAUUUAAUUAGAAGUAUACGAAAUGCUAAUCUUUAUAUUAUAUUGUGAAAUAUUCUCUACUGUUGCA